AUGACACUUUUUUCCAAGAGCACCAUCAAAGUCAUCCCCAACAACAAGCUUUAUGUUUCCGAGCCUAACCCGAUGUGGUUCGGUAACAGAGGAAACCCAAGCUCGGAUCCUUCAUGGACCAACAAGAAUUGGCUCAAGAGCCGUUUUCACUUCUCGUUUGCGGAAUACCGCAACCCAAAGAAUUCCAACUUUGGAGUAAUCCGUGUCCUCAACGAUGAUUUGGUGCAACCCCAGCGUGGUUUUGGAGCUCAUCCGCAUUCCAACAUGGAAAUUGUCACCUACAUUGUCAAUGGCAAGCUGACGCAUGAGGAUUCCACGGGUACCUCCCAAUCGUUGGGCAGAGGAUCGAUUCAAUUCAUGACAGCUGGCUCUGGAAUUCGACACUCGGAACACAACCACACGGACAAGCCUCUCCGCUUCAUCCAGACAUGGAUUGUACCGGAGAAAAGUGGCCUGGAACCAAACUAUGGUGGAUAUGAUGCCAGCGGCAAGUUGAAAAGAAAUGAAGUCAGACAUUUGGCAUCCAGCACCAAGGACAACGCAAGUGAUACUCCAGUCAAGCUCAAUCAAGAUGUGAACUGCCGUGCUGGUGAAAUCGAGUUGGGCAAGUGCCUUUCUGUAGACCUACCCAAGGGAAGACAAGCAUAUCUAGUAUGUUUGGAAGGAACUUUGAAAGUCAACGGAAAGAUGGUUGCGCGCCACGACGCUUGCGAGAUCACUGGCAACGGAAAGCCACUCGAGAUUGAAGCCACUGGGGUCGAACAAACUGAGAAUGGAGAGGUUGGUCACUUUUUGAUGUUCGAUAUGAAGGAAGAGAAAGGAUCUGGUCGCAAGGAUUUUUAA